CCUCGUCUUUGGAACCCUCGCGAGAAGCUCGCAGUGAAACGGAGCAGCGAUGUCGGUGCUGAUCGUGACGAGCUUGGGAGACAUCGUCGUGGAUCUCCACGCCGAUCGAUGCCCUCUCACGUCCAAGAACUUCCUCAAGCUCUGCAAGAUGAAGUACUAUAAUGGAUGUUUGUUUCACAAAGUUGAGAAGGAUUUUUUGGCGCAGACUGGUGAUCGGACGGGGACUGGCACCGGUGGUGAAUCUGUUUACAAAUUUUUGUAUGGUGAUCAGGCUCGCUUCUUUGAUGAUGAAAUCCACCCUGAUUUAAAACAUUCCAAAACUGGUACUGUGGCAAUGGCCAGUGCUGGGGAGAACUACAAUGCUUCUCAGUUCUAUUUCACACUACGGGAUGAUCUUGAUUAUCUUGAUGGAAAACACACUGUAUUUGGGGUGGUUGAAGAAAAAGAAGGCUUGGACACCUUGGCCAAAAUAAAUGAAGCAUAUGCUGAUGAUAAAGGCCGGCCUUUCAAAGAUAUCAGGAUCAAACAUACAUAUGUCCUGGAUGAUCCUUUUGAUGAUCCACCCCAACUUCCUGAAUUUAUUCCAGAGAAGUCUCCAGAGGGCAAGCCACCAGAGGAGAUAGCAGAAGAGCGUUUAGAGGAUGAUUGGGUUCCCUUCGAUGAGACAGUGGGGCCAGGAGAGCUUGAGGAGGUUAUCCGCAAGAAAGAAGCAUUUACUAAUGCAGCUCUUCUUGAAAGUAUUGGAGACAUUCCAGAUGCCGAGAUAAAACCACCAGAGAAUGUCUUAUUUGUUUGUAAACUUAACCCUGUUACACAAGAUGAAGAUCUGCAUACAAUCUUUUCUCGUUUUGGGACGGUAACAUCGGCUGAUAUAAUUCGUGAUUUUAAGACUGGAGACAGCUUAUGCUAUGCUUUCAUUGAAUUUGAAACUAAAGAGGCAUGCGAACGAGCGUAUUUUAAGAUGGACAAUACAUUAAUUGAUGACAGAAGGAUACAUGUGGACUUCAGCCAAAGUGUUGCUAAACUAUGGGGACAAUUUAGACAUGGCACAAGGAAUAAUACCAAUAAAGGUGGCUGUUUCAAGUGUGGUGCUACUGAUCACAUUGCCAGGGAGUGUGGCAAUAGCUCUAAUAACAAGCAACAAGGUCCAAAAUAUGUUCUUAAAGAUGACACACAGCGUGGUGGUGGUGGUGGUGAUAAUAAGAGAUACGAGAUGCUGUUUGAUGAAGAUGAUCUGCAAGGCCAAGAAAAAUCAAAGAAACGGAAGGUGGAUCACCGGGAUGCUGAGCGGUCAAAACAGAGAGACAAUGAGCGUAUAUCAACACGCGGACCUGAUGAUGAUGACGAAAGAAGAGGUGGCAGAGAUCGCUCGGAUAGACACGGACGUGAUGAUGAUCCAAAACAAACUGGCAGAGAGCGGGUGGACAGACCGAGGCGUGAUGAUGAUCAUCCAAGAAGAAGAACUGAAAGAGACUAUGAGAGGAAUCGAGGAACUGAAAGGGCUGAUGCUCAUAACAGGGAUAAGGGAGCUAGAGAAAGGUAUGAAGUUAGAGAGCAACAUAAGCGGCAUGAAAGCAACAGACACAAGGGCAAUGUAGAUCACAGAAGUUCAAGCAGCAGUAGACAUGCUAAGGAGGGAUCGGAUAGCGACAAGCACAGGAAGUACGAGGGUGAUCAAGGGAGAAGGAACACGGAUAGCAAUUUGCAAAGCAGAGGUGAUGAGUUUCACAGAGAAAGACAACACAGGGAUGAUAAAAGAAAAUGAACAAUUUGCGAGCAUCAAGCUUGUAUCUUUCAUAGCAUGUAAUGUAAUGGCCUUCUGUUCGUUAUGCCUGAGAUUUGAAUGACACUUGUAAGUUGUAACUUGGUGUUUAACCAAUGGGUUCAAAUUACUGUGUUUAUCCUUUAUCAAUUGGGAACCAGGGUUGAUAGAAAUUCAUCCAUACAAUAGUUAUGCUCUAAUGCUGAGUGAUGAUCUUUCUGUUUUGUAUUAAAUGUCACA